AUGCAUGGAAACGAGCUGUUCGAAGCUCAACGUGAAAGAAUUAUCAGUGCAUAUCUGAGUGGUAUUAAGCAAACGGUUAUUUCAACUCAGCUUGGUAUUCCUACUAGCACUGUUAACGAUACUAUAAAAAGAUACAAAGAAACAGGUUCUGCAAUACCUGAGAAGCGUCCUGGUC